CGCCGCCGGCCCCGGCCCCGGUCCGCAGCCAGGUGCCGCCGGCGCACCGACCGCUCCGCUGCCUCCGCAUCUUCCCACAUUCCCGUUCAACCAGUUUAUGAUGAUGCCGCCGAUGCCGCCGCCGCCGACCGACCUCUCCGGCCUGACGGAGGCAGAGCUGCGCCAGCUCGAGCUGCAGGAGCGCGCCGGCGUCGAGGCGCGCAUCCGCUGCCUGCGAGACAUCCGCACGCUGCUGGACGCGGCCGUGCUCAUGAUGGACCAGUACAGCCGCGCCGCCGCCGUCAGCUCUGGGCCAGCGACUGCCUCUGCCGCCGCCGCCGCUGCUGCUGCUGCUACCGGAGCCGCCACGACUGGAGGAGCCGCCGCGGCCGCCACCAGUCCGGCUAGCACUGCAACCGAGGCUGCCGCCACGGGCGGAGCGUCAGCCGCCGCCGCGCCGCCGGCGCCGGGACCGACCGCCGCGGCCGAGGCGGCGGCGCCAGCCACUACUGAGGCCCCGGCCGCCGCGGCCGCCGAGACACCGGAGCAGGCGCGCCAGGCGGAGCUGCGCCGGCGGCGCGUGCAGCACUUCCAGCGCGAGCAGCAGGAGGGCGCGCUGUGACGCGCACCGGCGGGCGACCAGAGGCGGGCUGUGCGGCGGGGAGCGCCGGAGCGCACGAGAGUCAGGCGGUGGCGCGGCGCGUGCGACGCAGUCGGACCGUCACCUGACGGCGGCGUGUUGUGUUGGUUCUCUAACAAGUAUUGCCGGGUCGCGAGCCCCGGCGAGGCGUCGUGUCCGCCUUGGCGCGGGCGGCGGCGCGGCGCCGGGGCGGGUGUCGGUUUGUUGCCGGUGUGCACAGUUUUAUUUAUUGCUAGCCCGCGGCGCGGGCCCCGGCCGGGUGGGUGCGUGUUCUCCGGGUAGUUUGUGUGCCGCCGGUCCCUGGGAAGCCAGACGGAGGCGACCGUGGCCAUCUCUGACCAAUACACCGAACGUGCUAAU